UAGCUGGGCAUGGUGGUGCAUGCCCGUCUGCAUUCCCACCACUUGGAAGGCCAAGGCAGGUGGAUCAAAAUUUCAGAUCCAGUGUGGGCAAUUCUGGCAGCCAAGCUUCAGCCAAUCAUAGCAGCCAACUGACCAUCCCAUGGGCCAGGUAGACAAAGGCCCAGCUGUAGCCCAUCAGCUGCUUCCCUCUUCUCACCUCCCUUUUGUAUCAACACUGUGCCUGCUUUGCUGGGAGGAUCUCUGAGAACUUGUUUGGUUCUAAGGGCUGCAUGAUUCGUGCGUCCUUCUUUGCUGAAACUCUGCUGAACUCAAUAUCUCCAAACAUUUUUUAACACAGCCAACAACACUGCAGUCAAGAUGUGGAACUUGUCUCGCUCCCCUCCCCCUUCAUUAAUUCCCCCGCUUGCCAGAACAGAAAGUGGAUUCUGGACGUUUCAUAUAAAUGGAAUCAUACAAUGUGCUGAGAUGGGCCAGGGAUUUAGCUUAGUGGUUCUGCCACCUGCCUCGCAAGCACAAUGGACCUGAGUUCGAUCCCCGGUACCAAAAAAAGAGAACCCAACAUGCUGAGAUUGUUUUGCUCAGCCUAAUGUUUCUUCUUGGGUUAUUUGCCUUUGUACUGUUGAGUUGUAAGAGUUCAUUAUGUAUUAUGCGUACUAGUCCCUUAUCAGAUCCAUGAUUUGCAGAUAGCUUUUCCAUUCUGUAGGGAUGGAUGAGUUUCUGUGUGAACACAGUUGUACUAGUUGAUGCUUACUAGAGUCAGAUGUAGAAGAGUGCAAAGACAUCUGUCUGUCUGUGUGCUAGAGACUGGAACCGCCGAGGGCCUGGAUCUCAUGGCAAUGUCCCGCAUGAGUCCACUCAGAGGCCUAGAGCCCACAGCAGUGUCUCAUGCAAGUCUGCGUGGAGGAUCCGCACCGGCCAAAGCCCAGUGGAGGAGGCCAGAAAGCCUGCACUGGCAGGGUGAAGGAUUGUGCCACAGGCUGAGGGAGCGUCACUGGACCCAGGAGGCGAUGCUCAAGACCAAGGCGAAGACCAGAGCUCCCCUGCCCAAACCAGCAGCCAUCCUCAGUGACAGCGAGGACCUGAGCUGGCAUCAGGAAAACCAGCUGCUUCUCCUUUUAUGCCAUUGGCAACAAGCCUCAGGGGGGUCUUCCAGGCCCAGGACCACAUUGACUCAGUUCAGCUGGGCCUUCCCACUCAAGCUGACCAUUAAUUAAUCCACCACGACAGUUGUAAAUAUUUCACUAGGAUAUUUAAAUGAGUCGUUUUAAGUUUACAGCAAAAUUGAGCAGAGGGGGCACAGGUUUCCCAGGUACUUGCUGCUCCCACAGCUGCAGUGGCUCCAUUAUGCAAGAAGUCUCCACCUACUAAUGAGUAACGGAUGAGUCUACGUGGAUAUGUAAUUAGCAAACACAGGCUAUCGUUUACCCCAGGACUCGCUCUCGGUUGAACACAGGUGUGUGGGGUGCAGGAAAGUGAACACAGGACCUUCACACUGAGCUAAUGUUCCCGGCCCUUUCUAAACAUUUGAGACAGCGUCUCACUAAGUUGCCCACGGUAGUCUUGAACUUUUGAUCCUCCUGCUUCAGCCUCCUAAGGUGCUGGGAUCAUAGCUGUGCACCACCAUUCCGGGCUUGGACGGAGGUUGUUCUACGCAUCGGAGGCGGUCACACGGCCACCCAAGGGCUUGGCUGUAACCUGAGUCUGCCCGCCUGGGGGUGAGGGCCGGGCAGGGACGUUUGCCCACACACUGGUGUGCAGCCAGCCAGCCCCAGCGCCCAGGAGACAGAGGGCCUUGCCAUGGGCAGCAAGCAGACGGUCUUCACGCACGAGCAGCUCGAGGAGUACCAGGACUGCACGUUCUUCACCAGGAAGGAGAUCAUGAGGCUCUUCUACCGAUACCAGGACCUGGCGCCCCAGCUCGUGCCACUGGACUAUACCAGCUGCCCGGCAGUGAAGGUUCCCUACCAGCUCAUUGGCAGCAUGCCAGAGCUAAAGGACAACCCUUUCCGCCAGCGCAUCGCCCAGGUCUUCUCUGAGGAUGGCGACGGCCACAUGACGCUGGACAACUUCCUGGACAUGUUUUCCGUGAUGAGCGAGAUGGCCCCGCGCGACCUCAAGGCCUACUACGCUUUCAAAAUUUACGACUUUAACAACGACGACUACAUCUGUGCCUGGGACCUGGAGCAGACGGUGACCAGGCUGACGAGGGGCGAGCUGAGCGCCGAGGAGGUGACACUCCCCGCCCCGGCAGAGCCGGUUCCCGGACCCUGUGGAAAGCCCUGUGCUGAUUCGUGUGUGACCUCGGCACACUUUCUCAGUUUCCCGGUCUCAGUGGGAUAAUUAGGAGCCACAUGGGCAGCUCUUGUGAGUGAGUGUGGCACUCUGGUCACAAGCAACACGGCUGGACUUCAGUUCUCCCUGCCUGAACAGUUUUGCAGUGAACACCCUGUACAACUGGACUUGGGAGCCUGGGGCGGAAUGAGAACCCCAGCUCGAGGGCUGAGAGGGGAGUUCAGUGAGCGAACACAGGGUUGGGGAAGGAUGAGCCGUGGGCCACAUCUGUCCCGUUUCUGGACUUUUCAUGCGCCAAGAUUGGUUUUUACAUUUCCACAUGGUUGAGAAUAAGAAUAAUAUCCCAGGCGGGCUGGGGAUUUAGCUCAGUGGUUCCGACGCCUGCCUCACAAGUGCAAGGUCCCAAGUUCAAUCCUCAGUACCAAAAAACAAAAACAAAAAAGAAGAAGCCUGUUCCAGUCAAGGCGCGUGACAUGUGUCAUCCCAGGAGUCUGGGAGGGUCAGGCAGGAGGACUGAAACUUUGAGCGCAGCCUGGGCAACUAGUGAGAGACCCUGUCUCAAACGAAACAAAGCAAACUAAACUUGGGCCGGAUGGAGCUCAGUGCAAAGGCCCUGGGUGCAAUCCCAAUACAAAAAAACAAGAACGAAGCCGCUUCCAGGAAUGGAGACAAUGAUAGGAGAGCAUGUUUCCGCGCCCAUCGAGGCAGUUGGUUGGCACAGCGUUGCAGCGCUGGUGUCAGGGUGGCGGUGGGGACAGGCGCGGCUGGCUGUUGCUGUUGACGCUGACCCUCUUCCUGUUUUCAGCACCUUCCACAUCCGCAUCUGAGGAGGCCGCCCGGUGGAGGAGCCUGCGGCAGGGUCACCGACACCCCGCAGGGAGGGAACGGGAAUAAAGACACCGAGUUCCAGCUGCUGUUCUCCCCCUCUGUGUGACCUGGGGUGGCUGGGCCCUCUCUGGGCCGCGUGCGCUGCUCAGGACGAAGGCUAUGGUGCCCCUUUGGGUCUUGGGGCGGCAGCGACAGGGCCGGCGAUCUGCGCGCUGCCCCCCCACGCCCCGGGGCUGUCGCCCCCCCAGUCCUUCAGGGGGCCUGAAAUGUCCCGAUCCAUGGGCGCUGUCCCGGGAAACUCUGAGGGGAGGCGGCAGGAGUGGCAUUCAAAGGCGGCCUGCACUUCCGGCUGGGCGCCCAGCAGGGCUGAGAGGGGCGGUCCCCCGGGGCCUGGAGGGGCCCAGGCCACACCACGAGCCCCUGGCGGGCCUGACUCAGCCAGGGUCCCCAGCCUGGACGCGUGUCUGUGGCCCCGAGCAGCCCGAUGCCCAGUCGAGUUGGCUAAGCACCUGCUGUGUGCCAGGUCCUUGGGAGGGCCUGCCCGCCUGUCCCCCGUGGUGUGGGUGAGGAACAGGCCCAGAGAGGCCUGGACUUGCCAAAGGCCACACAGAGAUGCACCCUGGGGUCCCUUUUUCCCCCCAGUACUUGGCAUUGAACUGAGGGCUUCCAUGCUGAGCUCCAUCCUCAGCCCCACCUUUUUGAGACAGGGUCUCCCUAUGUAUC